AUGCGCCGCGCACGGUCCAGUUCCCCGGUGAAGAUUUCAGAGAGAUCGAUACACGCUCUCAAUCAACUCCUAGACACCCACACUCGCACAUCUCGAAACCCUCCCCGCACGCACAUCAAAAUGUCCCGCGAAGAGUACCAGAUCCCUACCUCAGCCGCCGACCACGGCCCCAAGUCCUACGAGCCCGUCGGCGCCAAGACGGCCAACCUCGUCUACAUCUGCGGUGACUGCGGCGUCAAGUCUUCCGAUCACCAGACUGUUCCCUUUUGA